UUAGCCUUUGCGUGCCCUAGAUGGACGACUUUUACCUAAUUUACCCGAUACCUAUACACUGUGUAUUACGGUUUCACACCCGGAAGCACUGCGUGCUGUCUUGUCUUCUUCUGGCACACAGGAGUUAAACUUCUGCCUCCAUGUGGACAACUUAUUGACAUUAACCGUUCUGUGAUCAGCCAUUUGCGUUGAGGGAAAGCCGCGCUGGUGGGAUUAUUUUCGCGCAGGCAGAGCGCAGAGCCAUCCUCGCCGUCACACGGUGACAUUGACACACUCGGAGUGUUUGUGCUGCUGUUCCCAAGUUGGUGCUUCGGAGCGUCCCCCAGCCUCAGCAACAAUGAGCGAAUACUUCAGCCUUUCGGACUGCGACGUUAUCGGCUUCGACCUGGAUCACACGCUCUGCCGCUACCAUCUGAAAGAGACCUCCAGGCUUAUCUACGAGAGCUUUGCCAGAUAUCUGGUGGAGCAUAAAGGAUAUGACAAAGACCUGCUGAAUCUAACUCCUGCUACCUGGGAUUUCUGUUUUAAAGGGCUAGUGGUGGAUCUGGAGGAUGGAAACCUUGUAAAGCUAGCGGAAGAUGGAACUGUCUUAAGAGCGACACAUGGAACCAGUGAUCUCAGCACAGAAGAAAUCAUCAAACAUUAUGGCCCCAAAAGAGAGUGGAAUCACUUUAAUAGCCUCAGUACCUCCUUCACGAGAUCUUCAAAAUACUACUUCUAUGAUAACUACUUUGAUCUGCCUGGUGCCCUUCUCUGUGGACGAGUCGUUGACAUGUUGCACAAGCGAGGAAAUGAGGUGAAUUCUGACUUUUGGAAAGAUAUGGUGGCUGCCAUUGACCACAAUUACAACACAUCUGCGUUCAGAGAUGAUGCAGGGACAUACUUCCCAAGUGUGAAGAGGGAUCCGGGCCUGUACCUGCAGCGUUGUUCCGACUCUGUCAAGACCUGGCUGCGCAGCAUGAAAAAUGCUGGCCAGGUUCUGCUCCUCAUCACUAGCUCCCAUAGUGACUACUGCAGGCUCAUCUGUGAACACAUCCUGGGGAAGGACUUUGAGGAACUAUUUGACAUCAUUAUCACAAAUGCCCUUAAGCCAGGAUUCUUCUCCUUGGUGCCCCAGCAGAGGCCCUUUAGAACCCUUGUGAACGAUGUGGAGGAGAGCGAAGGUCUGCCGUCGCUGGACAAACCCGGCUGGUACUCCCAGGGCAACUGGCCACACCUCCACGAGUUGCUCAAGAAAAUGACGGGGAAACCAGAGCCCAAGGUAGUUUAUUUCGGUGACAGCAUGAGAUCAGACAUGUUCCCUGCCAGCAGCUUUGGGAAGUGGGAGACGGUGAUGAUAGUGGAAGAAAUGGAGGGGGAGGGCGUCCCAAAGAGUGAAGCGGCAUUGUCCAAUGAGGCGCAAGUGGAGCCUCUGGAGAAGAAGGGAAAGUUUGAGGAGCAGGGCAUGAAGUCACCCUCUGCUGUGUCCAACCAGUGGGGUUCUUACUUUGUUGAUGUGCAUAAAAGUGGAGGAGGGGAUGAGGAGAGCCAGAAGCUGACCUGGUGCUGCCACUGCAUUCACAAAUACAGCACCAUGGCCAUCCCUAGUGUUGAGCACAUAGCAGAUCUGCCUCUGGAUUACAAGUUUCCCAGGUUUUCCCCUGAUAAGCCCUGCACCACCGGCUAUUACCCUAGACCCCCGGAUUCUUUGCUGAAAAGGUGUGAGAGUAUGUCAUAAAAGAAAAGAAACGGAAAAAUAAAAUCCUCCCUUACCCCUUCUCAGGAGAGGAAUGUUCCUCCAUUUAUGCCCGUAGUUCCCCACCUGACCCCACCAUCAUCUAUGGAGCACAGAAAACGUCCACUUUUCAUCCUUUCAGAGAAACCAUGUGAAUGUAAGCCACAGUAUCUCUCUGUAAUAAUGCAUACAUUUGAACAUUGUUUUGUGGUUUAGUGUACGUGGAAAUACGACAAACUAAGUGUGUGAGCGUGUGUGUAUCUACAUUCAGUAAUGAUACGGUGUUCUUAUUGUUUUAUGUGUGUGAGGCCUUCUCUUAUUUUCCUUGGUAAAUUGUUUCAAAAUCUGAAGAAAAAUCAAAUGUUUUGCCCUCUUUUUCCUGAAGUUAUUACCUCAAAAAUGUGAUUGACUGUAAGCAAAACAGGAGUACCUAUCCCUAAAGAUCUGUUGGAAAUAUUGUGUGAGUAUUUCUGUAAAACAGUAUUAUUGUGUAGUCCUCUCUUCUGGAUAUGGUUUCACUGUAUGCAUUUUAGUAACCUUAACACGAGAUUUAAGGUCUGUUGUUCCUACUGUGUCAGUUUAGUGGAAGAUGUUACUCUUCAGGUCAUUGUUGCUAAAGAACUAGCACAAUACUGUCCUUUGUGAUGGUUGUUUCAACAACAAAAAAACAAAAAAGAAAAAAUCACAACUUGGGGAAACAAUAAUAAUAUGACUGAUGAUGACUAUGCUAGAUGUUCUUUGUAUUACUUUUGGUGCAACA